AUGAGUAUGGAAAAAUGGGAAACUACACUUAGAGUGAACAAUGGACCAGCAGAAGAGAUCGGAAGCGUUAAAGUCAAAAAAGGCAUUUUUCAAGGAGACUCCCUGAGUGCAUUAUGGUUCUGUCUGUCGCUUAACCCAAUGUCCCGCAGACUCAAUAAAAUGCAAGGGAUAAAAAUACAAGAACAGAACGUAACACAUCUUCUUUACAUGGAUGACCUAAAAUUAUACGCAGAAUCAAAAACCAAACUUGAUAAAUUAAUAGGAUGUGUCGAAACAAUAAGCACAGAUUUAAGAAUGAAUUUUGGAAUUGAUAAAUGUAAAAUAAAUGCCAUGAAAAACGGCAAGUGGGAACAAAUAGAAACAUAUCAAACCAGACAAAACGAGGAAAUAAGCAGUAUGGAAGAGCAAGAAUUGUACAAAUACUUCUAUAUACAAGCAAGAGGUAUAGACCGCAAUACGUCUAAGACGCAAAUUAUGAAAAAGUUUGAACAACGCCUGAAUCGAAUUUUGAGAACAGAAUUGUGGGCAAAAAACAAAUUCAAAGCCAUUAAUUCUUUUGCAAUCCCUGUGUUAACUUACAGCUUUGGAAUAAUUAAAUGGACUAAUACAGAACUACAAGACCUUGACAGAAGAAUUAGAACAGCUCUAACCAAACACAGAGUGCACCACCCCAGAAGUGAAAUAGAAAGGCUGUACAUCCCCAGGUCCAAAGGUGGCAGAGGGCUAACAUCGAUCACCAAUCUACAUUACCGCCAAAUUAAACAUCUAAGGGAGUAUUUUUAUAUGAAAGCACGUGACACAACAUUAAUCAGAAACGCCAUAAAAUUAGAUACUAACAUAACACCGCUGUAUCUGCACAACUAUGUAUACGACACAGAAGCAAACAUCACGACCAUAGACAAUUACAUGAAUAACUGGAAAAGAAAACCUCUCCAUGGUAAACAUCCGCAGAUCAUGGAGCAAGAACAUAUUGACAGCAAUGCAUCAUACAAGUGGUUACAACUAGGAUAUAUAUACUCAGAGUCAGAAGGAUUUUUGAUAGCAAUCCAAGACCAAGUUGUAAAUACUAAAUAUUAUAGAAAACAUAUAAUAGGAGAUCAAAGAAUAGAUGAUAAAUGCAGAUUAUGUGGUGUGCAGUCAGAAACUAUUGACCAUAUAGUAAGCGGAUGUACUGUUAUGGCAGCCACCGAAUACACUACAAGGCAUAACAACGUAGCCAAAAUUAUACAUCAAGAAGUAUGCAAAGAAGAAGGAAUUGCGACAGACAAAGUCCCAUAUUACAAGUACAGCCCUCAGAAUGUGAUAGAAACAGAAACAACGAAGAUAUACUGGAAUUGGCAAAUAAUAACUGACAGACCAAUACAACACAAUAUUCCCGACAUUGUUCUACAGCGAAAAGAUCAACGCAUUACAUACCUAAUAGAAAUAUCCAUCCCUAACGUGACAAACCUGGAAAAGAAAAACAGAGAAAAAAUAACAAAAUACUUACCAUUAGCAGCAGAAGUCCGAGAAAUGUGGCAACAAGAUCAAACGAUUAUAGUCCCGAUCAUUCUUGGAGCAACUGGAGAAAUUCCAAAAAAUCUUGGACCGAACUUAAAAUCCAUCAACCUGAAAGAAAACAUUAUAAAUAAAUUACAAAAAUCUGUCAUCAUAGAUACCUGUAGCCUUUGUAGAAAGACGCUCUCUACUUACCAGGACAUUUAA